AUGAGCGCGAACACGAGUGUUCCCCCGAAGCAUCCCGGCAAGGUGUUUCUUGUCGUCGAAGACAUUGCGGACUGCCUCACGGACUACCAGGUGUUCGACGUGCGCUACAAUCUCAAGCUAACGGAGUACGGCAUGAACGAGUAUCUCAAGGCCCACGUCCCGCGUGCCGUGUUCGUCGAUGUGGACGAGCACCUCAGCGGGCCUCUCACGGGCACCACCGCGCGCCACCCUCUGCCGGACGUGCAUCUCUUCAUCGAGUGGUGCAAGGCGAAGGGUAUCGGCGCCGGAAAGCCCGCACUCUGCUACGACGAUGAGUGCGGCUCGAUGGGCGCCUGCCGCAUGUGGUGGAUGCUGCACGCACUAGGUGUCGAGGUGUACGUCUUGAACGGCGGGUUUCAGGCGUACCGUGCGGCGGGUCUCCCGGUGGAGACGGGGCCGCAGCAGGAGAAGCCGACACCAACAGCAAGCUGGCGGUACGGGACAGCCUUUGCACGGUCCCUCGCAAUCGAAGAGGUGCCAGCCAACGCCUUCCUGGUGGACGCACGCGUGACGGAGCGGUACGCCACAACAGUGCGCCCGUACGCGGCGGACACAAUGCCCGGCCACAUCGAGGACUCCGUGUGCGUGCCAUGGAACCUCAACAUCGUCUGCAACAACCAGGUCAAGUGCCUCAAGUCUGAGGAUGAGUGUCGCAGCAAUUUGCUCAAGGCUCUCUGCGGCGCCUGGGGUGCAGGCAAGCCGGACGUCUCCAACUGCGUCUUCUACUGCGGCAGCGGCGUCACGGCGGCGUUCAACAUCGCGCUGUUGUGCCACCUGGGCCUCGGGGAGCCGUUCCUCUACUGCGGGUCGUGGUCGGAGUACUCCGGACGCUUCGCCUUCGCCGUGACCCGCUCCAUCAUCCAAAAGCACGGCAUGUUCCUCAAGAUGCUCUCGCCGAAUCUCAGCGAGAACCCGAAGGCGGCAAUGAGCAACGCGGUCGUCACCGUCGACGGCGCCGUCGUGGAGGUCCCGGACGCGGAGNCCGAAUCUCAGCGAGAACCCGAAGGCGGCAAUGAGCAACGCGGUCGUCACCGUCGACGGCGCCGUCGUGGAGGUCCCGGACGCGGAGGUGGAGGCGGCGGUUGCCCACAUGCACGUCGGCGAAAAGGCGCAGGUGUUCUUCAAGAGCAGGCGGGUCGCCGUCAUUGA